UUUCCAUAGAUCGGACCCAGAACGAACAGAGACACGCCAGAAACACGGGCAGUUUCAUGAGGAAUCAGCUGGUGCCUUUGGAUUCAUGACAUCCUUCUAAAGGCUUUUCAUUUUCGGGAGAUCUACAGGAGAGCUUUGAAUGUUCGGGACUGAUCGGAUGUUCAGCUGACUGUGAUUGCAGGAACAUUUUGCGAGCAUCAUCAUGGCUGCGUCUGAAUUAUAUUCAAAGUUUGCACGGGUCUGGAUCCCUGAUGUAGAAGAAGUGUGGAAGUCAGCAGAGCUCACCAAGGACUACAGACAAGGAGAUGGAUUGCUGCAGCUACAAUUGGAGGAUGGAAAGGAACUUGAGUACAAAUUGGACCCCAAGACAAAAAACUUACCAUACCUCCGUAACCCAGAUAUCCUGGUGGGAGAAAAUGACCUGACUGCUCUCAGUUAUCUUCAUGAGCCCGCCGUGUUACACAAUCUGAAAGUGCGCUUCAUUGAUUCCAAACUCAUCUACACGUACUGCGGUAUUGUUCUAGUCGCUAUAAACCCAUAUGAGACGUUGCCCAUCUAUGGAACUGACAUCAUUAACGCGUACAGUGGGCAGAAUAUGGGUGACAUGGACCCUCACAUCUUCGCAGUGGCAGAAGAGGCUUACAAACAGAUGGCCAGGGAUGAGAGGAAUCAGUCCAUCAUUGUGAGUGGAGAAUCUGGAGCAGGGAAAACUGUUUCAGCCAAAUAUGCCAUGCGUUACUUUGCAACAGUCAGCGGCUCUGCCAGCGAAGCAAAUGUGGAAGAAAAGGUUCUGGCAUCCAACCCUAUCAUGGAGUCUAUCGGUAAUGCCAAGACCACCAGGAAUGACAAUAGCAGUCGAUUUGGGAAAUACAUUGAGAUAGGCUUUGAUAAGAAGUUUCACAUUAUCGGUGCGAACAUGAGGACAUAUCUCUUGGAGAAAUCGCGUGUUGUAUUUCAGGCGGAUGAGGAGAGGAAUUAUCAUAUCUUCUAUCAGCUCUGUGCAUCUGCUCACCUCCCGGAGUUCAAAGCCUUGAAACUUGGAAAGGCUGGUGAUUUUCAUUACACCAAACAGGGCAGGAACCCAGUGAUAGAUGGAAUAGAUGAUGCCAAGGAGUUGUCGACCACCAGAAAUGCCUUCUCACUGCUUGGUGUAAAUGAAUCCUAUCAGUUGGGCUUGUUUCAGAUUCUGGCUUCAAUUUUGCACCUGGGGAACGUUGAAGUGAAGGACAGAGACUCGGACAGCAGUAUUAUUCCACCGAAUAAUGGUCACCUGAGUGUGUUUUGUGAAUUGAUGGGCGUGACAUAUCAAGACAUGUCUCAUUGGCUGUGUCAUAAGAAGCUGAAGACGGCAACUGAAACGUACAUAAAGCCCAUCCCCAAACUACAGGCCAUAAACGCCCGCGAUGCUCUCGCCAAACAUAUCUACGCCAAACUCUUCAACUGGAUCGUGGACCAUGUGAACAAAGCGCUGCAUUCUUCGGUCAAACAGCACUCGUUCAUUGGAGUCCUAGACAUUUACGGGUUUGAGACUUUCGAAAUCAACAGUUUUGAACAGUUCUGUAUUAAUUAUGCCAAUGAGAAACUACAGCAACAGUUCAACAUGCAUGUGUUUAAGUUGGAGCAGGAAGAGUACAUGAAAGAGCAGAUCCCCUGGACUCUCAUUGAUUUCUAUGAUAAUCAGCCAUGUAUCAACCUCAUCGAGGCCAAGAUGGGCAUCCUCGACCUGCUAGAUGAAGAGUGCAAGAUGCCGAAGGGUUCUGAUGAUUCCUGGGCUCAGAAACUGUAUAACACUCAUUUGAAGACGUGUGCACUUUUUGAAAAGCCACGGAUGUCCAAUAAAGCCUUCAUAAUUCAGCACUUUGCAGAUAAGGUGGAGUAUCAGUGUGAUGGUUUUCUGGAGAAGAAUAAAGACACAGUAAAUGAGGAGCAGAUACAUGUCCUGAAGGCCAGUAAGUUUGACCUGCUGGUGGAGCUGUUCCAGGAUGAGGAGAAAGCUACUAGUCCAACCGGUGCUGCUCCUGCUACUGGAGGACGCACUCGCCUCAGCGUCAAACCAGACAAGAACAAAGCUGGCCAAGCCAGCAAGGAACACAAGAAGACAGUUGGACUGCAGUUCCGCAACUCUCUGCAGCUGCUGAUGGAGACACUGAAUGCAACUACACCACAUUACGUUCGCUGCAUCAAACCCAACGAUCAUAAAUAUGCCUUCACGUUUGACCCCAAGAGGGCAGUUCAGCAACUGCGUGCAUGUGGAGUUUUGGAAACGAUCCGCAUCUCUGCAGCUGGUUUCCCAUCUAGAUGGACGUAUCAGGAGUUCUUUAGCAGGUAUCGUGUCCUGAUGAAACAAAAAGAUGUUUUGACAGACAGGAAGAUGACCUGUAAGAAUGUUCUGGAGAAACUGGUGCAGGACCCAGAUAAGUACCAGUUUGGCAAGACCAAGAUCUUUUUCCGUGCAGGGCAGGUUGCGUAUCUGGAGAAACUGCGAGCAGAUAAGCUGCGGGCUGCCUGCAUCCGCAUCCAGAAGACCAUACGCUGCUGGCUGGCGCGCAAGAAGUACCUGCGCAUGAAACAUGCUGCCACAACCAUCCAGAGAUACGUCCGUGGAUACCAGGCCCGCUGUCUUGCAAAGUUCCUGCGACGCACACGUGCUGCGAUCGUCAUUCAGAAGUACCAGCGCAUGUACGUCCAGAGAACGUGUUACAAACGCAAGCAGGCUGCCGCUCUGGCCAUGCAGUGCAUCCUCAGGGCAUACAUGGCCAGACAGCUGUACAAAGCGCUUCUGCGUGAGCACAAGACCAUCAUCAUUCAGAAGAUGGUCCGUGGCUGGUUGGCCCGGCAGUGGUACAAGCGGUCGCUCAAAGCCAUCGUUUACCUUCAGUGCUGCAUCCGGCGCAUGCGAGCCAAGCGGGAACUCAAGAAACUCAAGAUCGAGGCACGUUCGGUGGAACACUUCAAGAAACUCAACAUCGGCAUGGAGAACAAGAUCAUGCAACUGCAGCGCAGGAUAGACGAACAGAACAAGGAGAACCGUGCUGUCAGCGAGCGUUUGCACAGUCUAGAGAUCAGCCAUGCUGCGGAGUUCGAGCGUCUGCGUGUGGAGUUGACGCGUCUGCGAGGGGCAGAAGAGGAUGCCAAAAACAACGCCAACAAAGUUACAUCUCUUCUGGAGGAGCUGGAGCGACUUCGCAAAGAUCUGCAGAACACACAGAAGGAGAAGAAAGCCAUCGAGGACUGGGCACAAACCUACCAGGAGGAGACGGAAAAGAUGAUCUCAGAACUAAAGGAGCAAAACCACCUGCUGAAGAACGAGAAAAACGACCUGAACCGACUGAUCCAGGAACAGAGCCAGCAGUGGUCAGAGAAAAUGCAGAGGGCUCUGAAGGAGGAAACCCAGCAGUUAAAAUACGAUUUAAACGAGGAACGGUCUCGCUACCAGAAUCUUCUCACCGAACACCUCCGACUAGAGGAGAAAUACGACGAUUUGAAAGAGGAGAUCACACUCGCUGUAAAUGUUCCAAAACCUGGUCACAGGCGCACAGACUCCACUCACAGCAGCAACGAAUCAGAAUGGACCUACAAUUCAGAGUUUGCCGAGUCAGAGGAAGGGUCCCGCAGAGGGGAGGACGUUUCCAAGUCGAUUCUGGACAUGUCCCUGUUUCUAAAGCUGCAGAAGAGAGUAUCAGAACUAGAGCAAGAAAAACAAUCACUGCAGCACGAACUCGAUCGGAGAGAAGAGCAGUUUCAGCGGGCUAGAGCUAGGGACGAUGAAGAGCAUAAGAAAGCACGUAGUGCUGAGCUGGAAUAUGAAUCUCUGAAGCGUCAGGAGUUGGAGUCCGAGAAUAAGAAGCUCAAGCAUGAUUUGAAUGCGAUGCGUCAGUCUCUGAGAGGCAGCGCUGAGGCCGGUUCUGCCGCUCCGGGUUCUCCCGCGUACACCGUCCUGCUGGAUCAGCUGAACGCCUCCAACGAGGAGCUGGAGGUGCGGAAGGAGGAGGUGCUCAUCCUGCGCUCUCAACUCGUCAGUCAGAGAGAGGCCAUGCAGCAUAAGGAGACCAUGACUGAACCUUUGCCGUACAUUGAGGACGUGCAGAAGCUCACUGACGCCAAGGAAAUCUCCCAGGCCUACAUGGGCCUUAAAGAGACCAACAGAUCCCCCAGGUUUACACGCAGACCGACUGAAGCGAGCGAGCUUGUGAGCAGGUUGAGAUCCCCAUUCCCUGACUACCAUAAGCUGAAUGAGGAUGGAGAACUGUGGCUGGUUUAUGAAGGGUUAAAGGAAACCAACAGGUUGUUGGAGUUUCAGUUGCAGGCUCAGCGUCGGUCUCAUGAGAACGAGGUGGAGGUUUUGCGUGGAGAAUUGCACAGUGUCAAAGAGGACAAUAACCGUCAGCAGCAGCUGUUAGCUCAGAACCUGCAGCUUCCUCCAGAGGCCCGAAUCGAGGCCAGUCUACAGCACGAGAUCACGCGCCUCACCAACGAGAACUUGGAGCUUCACUCUGAUGAUCCAAAGGAGUAUAAAGCCUACAGAAUCAGCAUGUUACGCAGGAUGGUUGAUCUUAUGGAGCAACUGGAGAAACAAGACAAGACCGUCCGCAAACUGAAGAAACAGCUCAAAGUCUUCGCAAAGAAGAUCAAUGACCUGGAAGGUGGCCAGAUGGACGUGUCUCCAGGACAGACGGCCGACGAGUCUGUUCAUCCAGUGAACAUUCCACGCAGGGAGAAAGAUUUCCAGGGAAUGCUGGAAUACAAGAAGGAGGAUGAACUCAAACUGGUCAAAAACCUCAUACUUGAGCUAAAGCCUCGCGGCGUGGCAGUGAAUUUAAUACCAGGUCUGCCGGCAUACAUCCUCUUCAUGUGUCUGCGUCAUGCCGACUACAUUAAUGAUGACCAGAAAGUCCGAUCUCUACUCACCUCCGUCAUCAACAGCAUCAAGAAGAUCCUCAAGAAAAGAGGUGAUGACUUUGAGACUGUUUCCUUCUGGUUGUCCAACACAUGUCGUUUCCUGCACUGCCUGAAACAGUACAGUGGCGAUGAGCAAUUCAUGAAGCAUAACACUUCUAAACAGAACGAUCACUGUCUCUCCAACUUCGACCUGGCCGAGUACCGGCAGGUUCUGAGUGAUCUGGCCAUUCAGAUCUACCAGCAGCUCAUCAAGUGUAUGGAGAACAUCCUGCAGCCCAUGAUCGUCUCUGGCAUGCUGGAACAUGAAACCAUCCAGGGAGUGUCAGGGGUGAAGCCCACUGGUCUCCGUAAGAGGACGUCCAGUAUCGCUGAUGAGGGGACAUACACAUUGGACUCCAUCAUCCGGCAGCUCAACUCCUUCCACUCCAUCAUGUGUCAGCACGGAACCGACCCAGAGCUCAUCAAACAGGUGGUCAAGCAGCAGUUCUACAUCAUUGGCGCUGUCACCUUUAACAACCUGCUGCUGCGUAAAGACAUGUGCUCUUGGAGCAAGGGCAUGCAGAUCAGGUAUAACGUGAGUCAGCUGGAGGAGUGGCUGAGAGAUAAGAACCUCAUGACAUGCGGUGCGAAAGAGACGCUGGAGCCGUUGAUUCAGGCCGCACAACUACUGCAGGUCAAGAAGAAGACGGAUGAGGAUGCUGAGGCCAUCUGCUCCAUGUGUAACAGCCUCUCGACAGCACAGAUUGUGAAGGUGCUGAACUUGUAUACGCCUGUCAACGCGUUUGAAGAGCGUGUGUCAGUACUGUUCAUAAGAACAAUACAGACACGUUUACGGGAUCGAAAGGAGAUGCCUCAGCUGCUGAUGGACACCAAAGUCAUCUACCCCGUGACCUUCCCCUUUAACCCCUCUUCCCUGGCCCUGGAAACCAUUCAGAUACCCAGCAGCCUCAAUGUGGGCUUCCUCACUCGUGUGUAGACCCGUCAAUCACCUCACCUCAACCAAUCACAUGGCAGGAACAGGGAGCCUAAAUAUAUAUGUAUAAAAAAAAGAAAAGAAAAAUGCUUAUAGGUAAAUAAGCCACUCACUUAAAGAGAAUGUCAUCUUCAGUGUUUCAUUUUUCACUUCUUCAUCACUUUUAUUUAUUAAAUAAAAGAGGGAAUCUCACAAAACCUGUCAAGCAAGUGUUCAGAUAACAAUUGACCUCAAAAUUAAAAGAAACACAUAUAACUAUAUUUUGUUGAAAGAAAAUGAAGCUCAUCUUUAGGAUCAUUAUUGUUUUGACAAUAUGAUAUUUUAAAGGCAAUUAUGCACUUUCUCUAAAAAUUCGUAUUUCUGAAAUACAAAAGAAAAAAAAUCUUAUCAUUGUAAUAUGAAAAAAAAAUGUGUUAUACAUUGUACAGUAUUUGCUAACAUACGCUGAUUAAAAUACUAGUUGAAAUUCUCUUGAGGGCAGUAAUUAAAUCAUAAUUAAUACCAUGUUUUUUAAUGGAUAAAAAUGAAGGUUUUAUUAAUGAGAAUUAACACUGAGAAUAGUCAAUAACAUAAUACUCAAAACUCUGAAAAGACCCGUACUUCAUUUUCUUCAUUGAAAAUAUAUUCUUAUAAUAUUUUCUUUUGAUUGUGGGACCUUGAUAUUUUUUGUGAGAUUCACCUCUUAAACUGGAAUAUUUCUGAAAGAUGUUUCACUUAUUGAAUGUUACGAAAGGAACAACAAAGGUUAAGUUAACUCAUUCUAACUCUAAUGCCUUUUCAGGUCACAACCAGAAUAAGUUCACGGGGCUGUAUAAUCAUACACUUCUAUAAAUAUCUAUAAAUAUGUAUGAUGCUAGAAUAUUUUAUUUAUUGCUUUACCUUGUCAGAUUUUAAUUUUUUUUUUCUCUCAGAUGCUAGCUAACAUGGAUAUCCAGUUGCGGAGCAUACUCUAGUCCUCUGCACUCGUUCAUAUGAAUGAAUAACUUAGAAUCAUUUGGGGUAAAAAAAAAAGAGCUUGGGGCACAGCUGACUUCAUUAACAUAGGUGUUUAUUUGUUAGUAGCAUUUGGUGAUGUUGAUUAGCUAAUAAAUAGUCAAAACCUGCCAUCCCUGCACUGUCCCAGAGCUUAUCUCUUCCUCAAGAGCUUCCUCAAGUUUACAUCUCUGAUCUUCAGGAAUCAUUUCCAGAUAGAUGGUACAGUCCAGACCCAGUGCAUGAUGGGAUUGUUUUGACCCUCUCUGUCAGCAUCGAACAGGUGGGAUCUAGACUCCUGCAUGAGGUUUAAUGAAGCUCCCAGCAUUUAAUUGGUUAGUGAAUCUCAUGAAGAAAUGUCCCAGGGAAAUAUCAAAUGAAAUAAAUAAUAAAACGGUUUUUGCACUUAGAACAUUAAGCCUGUUUUACGAAGAUUAUGAGUGCACUGUUGAAUUAUUUUCAUCACAAAUAAGCAUAUUUUAAUAUUUUAAUCCCAAAUUCUCACUAUUGUAAUGCAGUGAUAUAUAUUACCAUUACUUAAAUGUGUAUGUUUACAAUUAAAAUAAUGGUAGCACUUUAUUUUACACUCCUGUUCCUCAUGUACAUACUAUGUACUUAUUAUAGUAAUUACAAUACUGUAACUAUGUAAUAACUAGUACUAACCCUGAACCUACCCCUAAACCUAACCCUACCCCAUGUAAUUACCUUGUGUUACCAGAACUUUCUUAGAUAAAUACACUGUAAGUACACUAUAAGUACAGUACACGUACUGUAAAAUAAAGUGCAACCAAAAUACGUAAUUACUUUAUUUUGGUUUGUUUUAAACUAAUGAUAAUUGGUGGAGAAAUGGCCUUAAUUUUGCAAAUGGGCAAACAAAAACAAAAAACAUUGUAUUGUUUUUUUUUGUUUUUGAUGAUGAUGAUGAUGAAAAGACAGAUAAGAAAAUGUUUUUUGUUGGAUUCAAAGAGGCGUCUUCUAUGCACACUGGAUAUCCCAUACAGAACUAAAAGAAAACCCCAAACUACCCACUCUCUGAAAACAUGAGAUGGUUUACAACUUUACAAGAUGUUUCAAAAGCCUGCCAUCAUUUAUUUCAGUAUUAUAUGUUUUUAAAGGUUAGAAACUGCUAUUGUUUUUAUGGCAUGUGCUGUUGGAUGCACAUGCUGUAAAAUGAUAUGGCCAAAUUUCUUUUUGUCAUGUUAUUUGCUUCUUUGCUUUCAAGUAUUAUCUUGAAUGUGUCAGGCAGCUUUUAUUGGGGAGCUGUUUGUUUUGAUCUGUAACUCCUGAAAUAAUAGCAGUCACCUUUGUGCAGCCAUGCUUUCCAUCACACACAUUUGCACACCCUAUUAUUAUAUUAUAUUAUAUUAUAUUAUAUUAUAUUAUAUUAUAUUAUUAACAUUUUAGGGUCAAAUGACGCAUGUUGAUAUUAUGUUUCUGCUGUCUAUUGCAUGGCUUUAAGCUUUAAAAUCGUCCAUUUACACACAGCUGUGGAUCUAAAUAGAGGAUCUUAAGCCAUUUCACUAUAGUGCACUGGGAUUCGAUCAUGCCUUACUGUAGCUGCAGUCCUUCUCGUAUCACACAGUGCUCCUGUUUCAUUCUAUCAGUCUCAACUGCUUUCUGCUGGAGAUCAAUGUUUGUAAUGCAUUGUCAAAAGAAAAAAAUUUGUGUGUGCAUAUAUGAUAGUGCAAACCAUUUUUCUAAUCAAUUUUGUAUUGUUUUCCAGUUAGUUUUUUUUUUUUUUUUUUUUUUUUGCAUAUCUUGAAUUACAUUUAUUUAUUUCAUACCUCAUUGGCAAAUUGUUCCAUAUUUUAAGCAUUUACAAAAAUUAAAGAUUUAUUUUGUUUACAUCAUUUUAGAAUUUUUUUUUUUUUUCAUUUUCAUUUGCCUUUUUUUUCUUUUUUUUUGAGUUUAUUAAUAUUAAGUUCAGAUGAGCGAGCAUUCAACAUCUGAAUUGUCAUCAGUGUACAGAAUCAUUCAGGAGUUUAUGAUCAUGGGACCAUUGUGUGAAUGUGACCUUUGCUUUUUUAUUGUGUUGUUAGUUCAGUUCUUAUGGAAUACAAACAAAUGGAAGAUUUACAAAUGCAGUUUGAUAAAAAAAAUGCAUAUCACUUCAAAUGGAAAAUAAUGAAGUUGUACUGGAGAAAAAAAAAAAUUGAAUGUUGAUGUGUUUGUACAUGGUUUUAUUUACAUUGUCAUAUUUUAGAUAAAGCCUUACCUCUGAAUGGACGACACGUCAAUGUAACACGUUUGUUUCUUUGCAGUGUUACAUAUUCUGUUAAUUUGCUUUGUUUACACUUGUGAAGCAUACAUCUAUAACAUUCCUGUAGAAACUGGUAUAAUUGUCCUCUUUAAAAAAAUGUAUUUGCACAUUCGAAAAAAUCUCAGACCUAACAGCCCUGUUUUAGACUUUCCUAAGCUCUGAGUUCUUAAGUGGUUUGUAAAAAAUGACAUCCAUAUUACAUCAGCCCCAGUCUGAUGCUCACUGUAUCAAGAUCAGCCUGCUCUCAUGCUUGUAUAAAGACAUUAAUAGAUGCUGUAGUAAUGCAGAUCAGUUGAACAUCUCAUAUGUUUGCUUCUUCCUUCAACUUGUUCAGACCGGUUGUUCAGAGAGUUUGUAGUUCCUGUAGCUGUAAUUAUUUCAUGUGUUCAUCUGUGCAAUUUCAUGGAGUGAUAAACUAAUCUCAAAUGCUGUUCAAGUCAAUUAAAUGAAUUCAGCACUA